GCCAGUGUGUCUCCUUCCCUGCCAGUUUGUGGCGAGGGGGCCGGCCUCCCAGAUGCCUCCCGUGGGUGGGUAGAAGUACCGACGGCUGACUUUACCCAUGUGUGAUCUCUCUCCCUGCCCUUCCUUCCUUCCUGCAGCAUCAAGCCAAGCUCCCAGCCACCAGCGCAGGCCCAGGACGACGAGAAGAACCAGAGAACCGUCACUGUCAACCCUGCCCACAUGGGGAAGGCCUUCAAGGCUAUGAACGAACUGCGGAGCAAGCAGCUGUUGUGUGACGUGAUGAUCGUGGCAGAAGACGUGGAGAUCGAAGCUCACCGGGUAGUCCUGGCGGCCUGCAGCCCCUACUUCUGUGCCAUGUUCACAGGCGACAUGUCUGAGAGUAAAGCCAAGAAGAUAGAAAUCAAGGAUGUGGACGGGCAGACGCUCAGCAAGCUGAUCGACUACAUCUACACCGCGGAAAUCGAAGUGACGGAGGACAACGUGCAGGUGCUGCUCCCGGCGGCCAGCCUGCUGCAGCUCAUGGACGUGCGGCAGAACUGCUGCGACUUCCUGCAGUCUCAGCUGCAUCCCACCAACUGCCUGGGCAUCCGCGCCUUUGCCGACGUGCACACCUGCACCGACCUUCUGCAGCAGGCGAACGCCUAUGCAGAGCAGCACUUCCCAGAGGUGAUGCUGGGGGAAGAGUUUCUUAGCCUAACUCUGGACCAGGUGUGUAGCUUGAUCUCCAGCGACAAGCUGACUGUCUCCUCAGAAGAGAAGGUGUUCGAAGCCGUCAUUUCUUGGAUCAACUAUGAGAAGGAGACCCGCCUGGAACACAUGGCCAAGCUCAUGGAACAUGUCCGACUCCCCCUCUUACCUAGGGAUUACCUCGUUCAGACGGUGGAGGAAGAAGCUUUGAUAAAGAACAACAACACCUGUAAGGACUUCCUCAUCGAGGCCAUGAAAUACCACCUGCUCCCCCUGGACCAGAGGCUGCUGAUUAAGAACCCCAGGACGAAGCCCCGGACUCCCGUCAGCCUGCCCAAGGUCAUGAUCGUGGUUGGCGGCCAGGCGCCCAAAGCGAUCCGCAGCGUGGAGUGCUACGACUUUGAGGAGGACCGGUGGGAUCAGAUCGCCGAACUCCCAUCCAGGAGAUGCCGAGCAGGUGUGGUGUUCAUGGCCGGCCACGUGUACGCCGUGGGGGGGUUCAAUGGCUCGCUGAGGGUGCGGACGGUGGACGUGUACGAUGGCGGGAAGGACCAGUGGACGUCCAUCGCCAGCAUGCAGGAGCGCCGCAGCACGCUGGGGGCCGCUGUGCUCAAUGACCUGCUCUACGCCGUCGGGGGCUUCGACGGCAGCACGGGCCUGGCGUCCGUGGAAGCCUACAGCUACAAGACCAACGAGUGGUUCUUCGUGGCUCCGAUGAACACGCGGCGGAGCAGCGUGGGCGUGGGCGUUGUGGAGGGGAAGCUGUACGCCGUCGGGGGCUACGACGGCGCCUCACGCCAGUGCCUCAGCACCGUGGAGCAGUACAACCCAGCCACCAACGAAUGGACCUACGUGGCCGACAUGAGCACCCGCCGCAGCGGGGCAGGGGUCGGAGUGCUCAGCGGACAGCUGUAUGCCACCGGUGGUCACGACGGGCCGUUGGUGAGGAAGAGCGUCGAAGUGUACGACCCGGGGACAAACACCUGGAAGCAGGUGGCCGACAUGAACAUGUGUCGACGUAACGCAGGGGUGUGCGCAGUGAACGGGCUCCUGUACGUGGUCGGAGGGGAUGACGGCUCCUGCAACCUGGCCUCGGUGGAGUACUACAACCCGGUCACCGACAAGUGGACACUGCUGCCCACCAAUAUGAGCACGGGGCGGAGCUACGCAGGUGUCGCUGUAAUUCACAAGUCCUUGUGACCCAAACUUCUACUGCCAGAGAUGGAGGAGAGAGAGAAAGAGAGACACUUGGAGCAGAGGACCAGAGCCGGAAGUGACUCGCCGGGGUGCCAAUGCCGCACCAGAGCGCUGUCCUCCACAGCGUGGAUUCUAACGACCCGGCUCCUGCUCCAAACCAGGUGCUUCGGUCUCUGUCCUGAGCAGAUUCCUACAGGUUAUAGGAUUCGUCUUUAAUCUAUAGGUUAUAGAUUCCUGAAAACCCCAGCAGCACCUUUGGACUUUUUAAUGGCAUUUCUACAGGGGUGGGGGGGGAGAAGACCCGUGUGUGUGUGUAUGUGUGUGUGUGUGUGUGUGUGUGUG